AUGGUCGCAGCCUCGUCGGAACGCGCCGCGGCGGACAAGUCGCCGGAGCAGCCGGAGCAGGAGCUGAGCCCGCAGUUCGUGGAGGGCUUCGUCAAGGGCGUGAACGUGAAGGACGAGAAGCAGGAGGAGGAGCAGCCGAAGCUGGAGAUGUCCGAGUUCAAGCGCAAGGAGGUGAGCGGCGAGCUGCCGACGGAGCCGUUCCUGGUGGAGAACCCGAACCGGUUCGUGCUGUUCCCGAUCCAGGAGCACGACGUGUGGCAGAUGUACAAGAAGGCGGAGGCGUCGUUCUGGACGGCCGAGGAGCUGGACCUGGUGCACGACCUCAAGGACUGGGCGAACCUGACGGACAACGAGCGGUUCUUCAUCAAGCACGUGCUGGCCUUCUUCGCUGCCAGCGACGGCAUCGUGAACGAGAACCUGGCCAUGAACUUCAGCAAUGAGGUGCAGGUGCCGGAGGCGCGCUGCUUCUACGGUUUCCAGAUCGCCAUCGAGAACAUCCACUCGGAGGUGUACUCGCUGCUCAUCGACACGUACAUCAAGGACGCGGUGGAGAAGGACCACCUGCUGCGAGCCAUCGAGACGAUCCCGUGUGUCAAGAAGAAAGCGCACUGGGCGCUCAAGUGGUGCGACCCGCGGGUGUCGUCGUACCCGGAGCGUCUGCUGGCGUUCGCUGCUGUGGAGGGCAUCUUCUUCUCGGGCUCGUUCUGCUCCAUCUUCUGGCUCAAGAAGCGCGGCCUGAUGCCUGGUCUGAGCUUCUCGAACGAGCUGAUCAGCCGCGAUGAGGGCAUGCACACGGACUUCGCUUGCCUCAUGUACUCCAAGCUGGUGAACAAGCUGCCGGAGAGCCGCGUGCACGAGAUCGUGCGCGAUGCCGUGACCAUCGAGCACGAGUUCGUGCGCGACUCGCUGCCUGUGGAGCUGAUCGGCAUGAACUCGUCGCUGAUGUGCCAGUACAUUGAGUUCGUGGCCGACCGCCUGCUGUACUCGCUGGGCGUGUCGAAGAUCUACAACGCGAAGAACCCGUUCGACUGGAUGGACAUGAUCUCGCUGCAGGGCAAGACCAACUUCUUCGAGAAGCGUGUGGGCGAGUACUCCAAGGCCGGUGUGGGUGUCGCGGCGGAGGAGCAGGUGUUCACCCUGGACGCCGAUUUCUAA